AUGGCCAAACGCAGCGACGGCAAUGUUCACGCGCUCGAGCAUCGCGAGGCGAAGCCAUCUCAGGGAGACCCAUCACGACCCGUAUCAGAGCUCUUUCGUCUGGACCAACGAACUGUUAUAAGUAAAAAUCGAGUCAUUACUUCGGUCAUGUUCGCUAUCACCGGCGCGACAGGAUUUCUUGGAACAACCCUUGCAAUUGCCAUAUUCGAGAGUGGCGCCGAUGUAGUUUGCCUCGAUCUUGCCGAUACUGCAACAGCUUCAAACUGGGGCGAAGUCCAAGCAGCUGCAAAGAAAACUGAACGUCAGCUCUCAUACUACCAGCUCGAUGUCACCGAUGAGAACGCCAUCCUUGCAACAUUUGCCAAGUUCAUUCCCACACUCAGAUACCCCUUGAAGGGACUCGUCGCCUGUGCAGGGUUAUCUCGAAAUGGCCCAUCAACUGAAUUCUCAGCCUCUUCCUUCCGCCGAGUCCUCGACAUCAACGUGACCGGAACAUUUCUCAUUGCACAAGCAACUGUCAAAGAGAUGCUAAAGGCAAAUACUACCGGGAGCAUGGUCUUCGUUGCCAGCAUGAGUGGAUAUGUCUCCAACAAGGGCGUAGAUACUGCUGGAUAUAAUGCAUCGAAAGCCGCCGUUCACCAGCUAACACGCUCUUUGGCCGCCGAAUGGGGAUCUCGUGUUGGAAUGCCGCUCAUCCGAGUCAAUUCACUCUCUCCUGGGUAUAUUCGUACUGCAGCGACCGCAGAGGCACUACAGAAGCCGGGUAUGGAGAGUCAGUGGGUUGGCGAUAAUAUGCUGUUUCGCCUUAGCACGGUGGACGAGUUUCGUGCUCCGGUACUCUUCAUGUUGGGCGAUGGUAGCAGCUUUAUGACAGGCGCUGAUUUGCGCGUGGAUGGUGGACAUUGUUCAUGGUAG